AAAAAAAAAGGUCUAAAUUGACAAUCAGCCAGCGGCACCUGCCAGUCACGUGAUCGAAUUCCAGUUGAAUUGGGCACAAACAGCAGCCAUUUCCAUGUUCUGCGCAAACCAGACGGAGAAAGCUCUGAUCUUGCGCGUCCGCUUUCGAGAGAGAGAUGAGCGCGAGCAUGGCGGUCGCAGAUUCAGUGUGGAAGACGAUGGAGUCGACGAGAUCAGUCACGAACGAGCAGCUGUCCAUCUUGCAUUUCUUGUUCGGCAAGAACCUGGAGCGAGCGACGCGGAUAUUGGACCAACGGGGCGUGAAGCGGAUCUCCGGCGAACCCAGUGGACGCUUCAUCUUCCAGGUCGUUGGAGAAUCUCGGAGAAAGGAGGAGUACUUGUGUUUCCCAGAACAUUAUUGCGGCUGUUACUCGUUCUUUUAUGACAUUGUCAAUAGAGGCGAACAGCUUUGCUGUAAACAUCAAUUAGCUGCUAGGCUUGCUGAAUCGCUCGGAGCUUGCACCGAAGUUAGAGUCUCUGAUGAGCAGCUAGCCGUCUUGUUAUCCAAUCUAUGAGCAUGCUGUUGAAGAGGUAAAUGCAUCCAAGUAUAUCAGCCAGGUAUUGUCCUUGGUGUUCCAAAAGACGCGGGGUCAAUAAUGAUCCCAAUUGCAGGAGUGUGAGAUUUGGUGAUUGCAACUUGCAAUUAGCAACAAUGCCCUACUCACUUUUAUGGUCUAUGCAUCUUGUUUAGUUGCGAUCUUCAAGCUUGGAUUUGAUUGAGCUGAUACGGGUUUCUCAUUUUAACUAGAGAAGAAGAGGUUCUUCUGGCAUAUGUGCAGUAACAGAGCCAUAUAACACACUCUCCUUAUCUGCAGAAUCGCUUCGUGUCAGGCUUACGGGGAGCAGCCGCAAAAGGCAUUUUGCAUGCCAGCGUAUUCUCAGACUUUGAGCAUGGACUACUUGGAGAAGUGCAAGCUUAUUUUAGCCCUUCAGCAACUCCUUUGCUCUAUGAAUUGUUGACCGCAGGGGCCUGGACCUCUCAAUAGAUAUAAAGGAAGUGAGCCUCUUGUCCAACAAUAAGUUGUAAAGAUGGUUUAAGUUUGACAAUUACAUAAUUGACAUAUAAUUUUUAUACCAACUUAAUAUUCUGUCAUAAUAAGUAUUCAAAUGUCCGUAAACUUCUCA